AUGGCCCCUCCUACCGCAACAUACACUGAGACCUCCCAUGUCCCCGCUGCUGGGUUCGACACAGCCGACGCCCAACCCGAAGGCACCGCACCCAAUGAGCCCAAGUUGAAGCAAGGCAAUGCCGAAGUGCAGAUGCAGAAAUUCCCCUCCCCACCUCGAUUCACGGACAAGUACGAGGAGAGAGAAUACCUCAAGGGCCGUCUGGCGCUCGCAUUCCGCCUCUUUGGCAAGUUUGGAUUCGAUGAGGGUGUCGCAGGCCACAUUACAUUGAGAGAUCCUGUGGAUCCCACCACCUUCUGGGUCAAUCCGUUUGGCCUGGCCUUCUCGCAGAUCAAGAAAUCAGACCUCAUCCUCGUUGACCACGACGGAAAAGUCAUCGACGGCGGACCAAACAGACUGCUCAACCAAGCCGCCUACAUGAUUCACGCCGCGGUUCACAAGGCUCGCCCCGAUGUCGUCUGCGCCGCCCAUUCUCACAGCAUCUACGGCCGCGCCUUCUGCGCCCUGGGUCGACCAAUUGACAUCAUCACGCAGGACAGCUGUGCAUUCUACAACGACCAUGCGGUGUACAACUCAUUCAAGGGUGUGGUCCUGGCCAAGGAAGAAGGGGAAAACAUUGCCCGUGCCAUCGGAAACAAGAAGGCGUGCUUGCUGCAAAACCACGGUCUUUUGACAUGCGGACAGACGAUCGAGGCCGCUGUGUUCUGGUUCUGCUCUCUGGAGAAGUGUUGCCAUGCCCAGCUCAUGGCCGAUGCCGCUGCUGCCGGUCGUGGAGGUACUACGGUCAAGAUUGAUGACGAGGAUGCUGCGUUUACCUACAAGUCUGUGGGCACACCGAGAGCCGGUUGGUUCAGCGCGAAGCCCCUGUUUGAUGUCAUGAUUCAAGAGGUUGGAGAUGAGUAUUUGAAGUGA